AUGUCUGCUGCCGUCGAGAAGGUUUCCGAAGCCGUCAAUGACGUUACCAAUGCUCUGAGCAAUGCCACUAUCUCCGACAAGGCCGCCGAUAAGCCUGCCGCCAACAACGAUGCCGUCCUCGCCAGCGCUGCUGAGGGACGCCGUCUGUACAUCGGCAACCUGGCCUACGCGACAACGGAGGGGGAGUUGAAGGAGUUCUUCAAGGGUUACCUUGUUGAGUCCGUCUCCAUUCCCAAGAACCCUCGCACCGACCGACCUGUUGGCUACGCCUUCGUCGACCUCUCCACCCCUUCCGAGGCCGAGCGCGCCAUCUCUGAGCUUUCCGGCAAGGAGAUUCUCGAGCGUAAGGUCUCGGUUCAGCUUGCCCGCAAGCCUGAGCCCGCUGGAGAGAAGACCGAGGGUGCCAACGGUGAGGGUGCUGGUGAGGGUAACCGCCGCCGCGCCUCCGGUCGUGGCCGUGGACGUGGCCGCGGCCGUGGCGGUCGUGGUGCCCGCGGUGGCCGCAACGAGGAUGGCACUCCCAUCGAGGGUGCUGCCGCCGAGGUCCCUGCCGGCGCUCCCGCUACCUCUGAGGUUCUGCCUCUGACCGAUGCCACCAACAAGGAUGCCGCCAAGACCCAGAAGGCCGGCGAGUCCGCUGAGGCUCGUGCCCCCCGUGAGCGUCGCGAGCGUGGCCCUCCCGCCGAUGGCAUUGCCUCCAAGACCAAGGUCAUGGUCGCCAACCUCCCCUACGACCUGACCGAGGAGAAGCUCAAGGAGCUCUUCGCCGCCUACGAGCCUUCUUCCGCCAAGAUCGCUCUCCGCCCCAUCCCCCGCUUCAUGAUCAAGAAGCUUCAGGCUCGCGGCGAGCCCCGCAAGGGCCGUGGCUUCGGCUUCGUUACCCUCGCCUCUGAGGAGCUUCAGCAGAAGGCUGUUUCCGAGAUGAACGGCAAGGAGAUUGAGGGCCGCGAGAUCGCCGUCAAGGUCGCUAUCGAUAGCCCCGACAAGACCGACGAGGAGGCCAACGCCCCCAAGGAGGAGACCAAGGCCAACGGCACCCAGGAGGCUGCCACCGAGACCGCGGCUGCUCCUGCUGCUGCCGAGACCCCGGCUGCCGCUCCCGCCACCACCGCCUAA